AUGAUGAAAUUGCUUACAAAAGGGAACAUUUUUGGGGCCACUAAAUGUCACAUGUAUUCAGUGGAGUGGCAAAAGAGAGUUCUCCCUCACAUUCAUAUCCUCCUGUGGCUCAAUGAGAAGUUAAGACCGGAAUCAAUCGAUGACGUAAUAAGAGCGAAAAUUCCUGAUCCAAAUGUAGACCCGGCUCUUUAUGAAAUCGUAACAACCACAAUGAUCCAUGGCCCUUGCGGAACUCUCAAUAGAAAAUCACCUUGCAUGGUAGAUGGUUUUUGUACAAAAAAAUUUCCUCGCCCAUUAUUGACAGAAACACAAACAGGAGAUGAUGGCUAUCCUAAAUAUCGCAGGAGAUCUCCGACGGAAGACGGCUUCACUGCAAUGUUAAACGGUUAUGAGAUUGAUAAUCGGUGGGUUGUACCUUACAAUCCCGUCCUGUCUCGCACCUUUGCAGCCCAUAUAAACGUUGAGUACUGUAAUUCUGUGAAAUCCAUUAAAUACGUCUGCAAGUAUGUAAAUAAGGGAUCCGAUCAAGCAACAUUUACUGUUCAAAAUUUAGAUGAAGUGGCAAGGUACGAAACAGGACGAAAUAUAAGCAGCACAGAAGCCGCAUGGCGCAUUUUUUGUUUUCCAAUUCAUGAAUGGUAUCCUCCUGUUGUUCAUCUCGCAGUACAUCUGGAAAAUGGACAGAGAUUGUAUUUUACAGACACUAAUGUACUUGAUAAAGUAAGUAAUCCCUCCAAAACCAUACUCCUGGCAUUUUUUGAUUUGUAUCAAGUGGACGCUUAUGCAAAAACUCUUCUGUAUCAUGAGGUUCCUGCUUAUUAUACUUGGAAAAGUAACACAUUUCACAGAAGAAAACAAGGACAACCGGUACCUGGCUAUCCUGGGGUAAAAAAAGAUCACGUACUAGGUAGAGUGUACACCAUUCAUCCUGUGAGCAAUGGCGAGUGCUAUUACCUGCGCUUGCUAUUGCACAAAGUUCGAGGACCCACAUCGUUUGAUGAUCUCAAAACUACAUGCGGAGUAUUGCAUCCAACUUUUCAAGCGGCAUGUAGAGCACUUGGAUUGUUAGAGGAUGACGCUCAUUGGGACCGCUCUCUAGAAGAAGUUGCGAUAUGUCGAUCUCCCAGAAUGAUACGUGAACUGUUUGCAAUCCUAAUAGUUUUCUGUCAACUCUCUGAUCCUAACAUUCUAUGGGAAAAACACCGCGACAGUUUAUCAGAGGACAUUAAAAGGCACUCAGAAAAAUCAUGUGAUGAUAUUACAUUGAUUCGAGAAAAUAUUUAUAAUCAAUGUCUCAUACUUAUCGAAGAGAUUGUUAUAUUAGUGUGUGGAAAAACUCUUUCACAAUGUGGCUUAGCUUCAUCAACACGAGUUCAAGAUUCUAUAAUUAAUAAUAGACAAUACCUAGCAGAAUUAUCAUAUGAUACCUAUCAACUUAAUGAAAUGGUCGUGGAAAACAGAACAAAACUAAAUAUGGAUCAAAGAAAAGAUUAUGACAAAAUAAUGGAAAGUGUUACAUCAGAAUCUGGUGAUUUGUUCUUCCUCGACGCUCCAGGUGGUACUGGUAAAACAUUUUUGAUAAAUUUAUUGCUGGCUACUGUAAGAGGUGGCAAAAAUAUAGCGAUUGCAGUCGCUUCUUCAGGCAUUGCUGCUACAUUGAUUGACGGAGGUAAAACAGCUCACUCGGCCUUUCAACUGCCUCUUAAUCUGAAUUUUUGUGAAGUCCCAUUAUGUAACAUACCGAAGCAAAGUGAUAUGGCAGAAGUAUUGCGGAAAGCCAAACUUAUUGUAUGGGACGAGUGUACGAUGGCCCACAAAAGGAGUGUUGAGGCUGUUUCGGUUUGGUAG